ACGAGUUAUGUUACAUACAUAUCGAAUAAGUUUUCAUUAUCAUAUGUGAAGUAGAAAUUAACAUAUGCUAGAUAUGUGUUAAUUUCUUAUAUACGAAUGGAUCGUUAUGAUAUGACUGGAGUUUAUAACCGUAUGUCUAUCGUUAAUUGUGGCUACGGACACUUAUUUUCUUUUUUACUGGACAGAGAAACAAAUAACUUCAUUUCUUUUUAUUUGGCCUUUGAAAUGUUUGACUAUUGAACUUGUGAUAUACAAUCUGUUGAAAUAAUGGCCAACGUGAGCAAAGGAAAUAAUGAAGCAGACGACAAACAUUUUCCGGGAUAUACCGAAGAUGCAUUUCCGGAAUUGUUCGAUUCCAGAGCAAUGCCUACGCAACCAAAGGAGCUAAAACCUGGACAAUUACCAGAAGAUCAAAUAAGGGAGUAUUUUGAAAAUGGCUACAUUGUAAUAGAAGAUUUCUUCAAAGAUUCGGAGUUACAACCUAUGAGAGAAUGUAUUAACCAAAUUGUGGACGAUCUCGCUCAGAAAUUGUAUAAAGCAGGGAAAAUCAAAAACCUGUAUGAGGAGUACGGUUUUACAGAAAGACUGACAAAAAUAGAAAGCGAGUUCAAAGGCUCGAACAUUAUCUGUUCAAAAAUCGGAGCAGUGCCCCAGGUAUAUUAA